AUGGGUGACGUAGAAGAGGUGCAAGAACAAAUGAAGGUCGAUAUGGAGGCAGAUCCUACCCAUCCCUCUGCCAUAAACCAAGCAAACCAACCCACCCCGAACAUGCAACCCCAACCUGUAGGAGGCGCCCAUGAAGAACCUCUGAAGCGUGCUCAAGGGGACUUCGACCCAUGUCCCACUUUCACCGCCGAGGGAUCGACAUGCAAUGCUAUGCCUCAACCCAAUACCGUGGGGGUUCCUCAACCCCGCCCUUUGCAACCGCUGCAUUUCUCAAUAGGGGGGUCGCCUCUGGUAGAGGAAGGGAGAGAGAAACUUGAUCUCAUUGUAGAGAGAUUAAGGGCUAUCGAAGGGUUUAGGGAUUACCCUUUCACCGACAUGAUAAAAUUGUGUUUGGUACCUAAUGUUGUCAUCCCUCCAAAGUUCAAGGUACCAUAUUUUGAUAAAUACAAGGGGACCACUUGCCCCAAAAAUCACCUAAAGAUGUAUUGCCAAAAAAUGGGGGCAUACUCUAGGGACAACAAUCUGCUGAUGCAUUUCUUCCAAGAAAGCUUGGCCGGGGCGGCAGUCAUCUGGUAUACCAAUUUGCAAGCCUAUCGUAUCCGCUUGUGGAAGGAUUUGAUUACUGCCUUCAUUAGGCAAUACCAAUACAAUACUGACAUGGCUCCCGACAGAACCCAGCUACAGAAUAUAAGAAAGUGGGAGCAUGAGUCAUUUAAGGAAUACGCCCAACGGUGGAGGGACUUGGCAGUGCAAGUGGCGCGCCCAUGGUGGAAAGAGAGAUGA